UUCGCCCUUUACACCGUCGAUACCCAAAGAAACACAGAAGAGAUAGGUCAACAUGCGUGGGGCAUGGUGUCGCAAAUGUCUAGAAGGGCAGGGUAGGCGAGUAUUGGAUCGUGCAGAUGCUGUCAAUCCUAUUACAGCUCUCGAAACCUGGUGAAGGUGAUGAGCACGUCAUCCUGGAGCACAAUGUUGGUAAGUAUAGUCAUCUUAUUCGAUGACAAACCGUAUUUAAAAACAUUCCGUAUUGCAGAUGACGUAGUUAAUACGACGAUUAAUAGCCUCAAGUAUUAUCGCACACACAGAAGCAGGCUUUACUUUUCUCCUUCUUUCUCCUCAAUUACAUCGCUUUCCUUGGGGGAAACGUCCUCUUGGAUCCUAAGCAUGAUGCGCUGAUCGAUAUGCUUUCCAAGCCAACACAAGAUGUCAUAAAUUCCAACUUCCGUAUGGCCAAAGCGGCAUAUUUCGACAGCAACUUUUCUCCGCUUAUGCAGGCGUUAAGCGAUGAUACCAAAGAGAAGGGGAAAGCAGCUACGAAGGAGAGGUUUACGAGGUUCUUCGAUUUGUUUGAUGAGGUUAUUGACCGUCAUCGGGGCGUGGUGUCUGUUUUGGAGGAUGAUGAAGAAGGGAGAGCUGAAAUCGGAGAAGAGGUGGUCAAAUUGAUUGUACCAUCAUUAGAAAGGUUUGUAGCCAAGCAUAGAGAGAAGGAAUUCAGUAAAAAUCCCCAGAAAUGUAUGGUUCGUUGUCCAGUUUCCAUGACAGUUAUUUGCUGAUAGUUCUUUACAGAUAUCCGACUUUCAGUAGAAGAUGUAGAAGCACAGUUGCGAUCUAUAUAUCGAUGAUAUCUGAAU